CGCUGCGAACCUGGGCGGGCGCGCGGCGGCAGGCCAGGGCACCGCGGCGAGCGGGCCCGCGGCACCGUGUGGAACAAGCAGCCUCCGCCUGACUUCACAGGAUCCAGAGAAGCCGGGUGGAUGACUUGCACAAGCCUGAAACAGCCAGAAACCAGAGGACCACCCAGACCCUAGGAAUUUUCCAAGGGCUCGGACGCCAGGCCGGGUUAGCCUGGAGGCCGCCAGUGGGAUCGCGGCAUUGCCUCCCCUGGCGCCAUGCAGGGCCGCGGCCUGCCCUUCCGUGUGGCCACGCUGCUGACAGGGCUUCUGGAGUGCCUUGGCUUCGCGGGCGUCCUCUUUGGCUGGACGUCUUUGGUGUUUGUGUUCAAAAAGCAGCAUUACUUCGAGGAGCUUUGCGAACCGGAUGCCGGGUCACUGGGCAAUGCCACCGGGCUGGAUGAUUGCAGGGCCCAGGACGAGCAGUUCUCACUCAUCUUCACCCUGGCCUCCUUCAUGAACAACUUCAUGACCUUCCCCAUGGGUUACAUCUUCGACCGUUUCAAGACCACCGUGGCCCGCCUCAUCGCCAUAUUUCUCUACACCAGCGCCACGCUUACCAUAGCCUUCACCUCUACAGACACAGCUGUGCUGCUCUUCCUGGCCAUGCCCAUGCUCGCCGUGGGGGGCAUCCUGUUCCUGAUCACCAACCUGCAGAUCGGGAACCUGUUUGGCAAACACCGCUCGACCAUCAUCACCAUGUACAACGGAGCGUUUGACUCCUCCUCGGCGGUCUUCCUCAUCAUCAAGCUCCUUUAUGACAGGGUGUCAAUCAAGGCUUCCUUCAUCUUCAUCUCUGUCUGCAGUGCCUGGCACGUCGGGCGCACUCUCCUGCUGAUGCCCCGGGGGCACAUCCCCUACCCGCUGCCUGCUGACUACCGCUAUGGUCUCUGCUCCGGGGACAGCCCCCAAGAGGAAGACAAGAAGGCAGUUGGGUCCAAAAAGCUGGAGCUGCAGUCAGAGGAGUUCCUUUCCCCCAAGAAAGAGACCCCAGGACAGCAGCGGGCAGCCAGCUCCUUCUGGAGCCACGCCUUCUCUCAGCGCUUUGCCUGGCAUGUGGCUUGGCUGUCCGUGAUACAGCUGUGGCACUAUCUCUUCAUCGGCACCCUCAACUCCCUGCUGAACAACUUGGCCGGCAAGGACAGCGCGCUAGUCAGCACCUACACAAACGCCUUUGCCGUGACUCAGUUCUUCGGAGUGCUCUGCGCGCCCUGGAACGGCCUGCUCAUGGACCGGCUCAAACACAAGUACCAGGAGGAAGCGAAAAAGACAGGGGCCCCGGCCGAGGCAGCUGCCCUGCGCUCGGCGGUGCCUUCGCUGGCCCUGACGUCCCUGCUGUGCCUGGGCUUUGCCGUCUGCGCCUCUGUUCCGGUGCUUCCCCUGCAGUACGCCACCUUCAUCCUGCAAGUGGUCAGCCGCUCCUUCCUGUACGGCUGCAACGCGGCCUUCCUCACGCUCGCGUUCCCCUCGGAGCACUUCGGGAAGCUGUUUGGACUCGUGAUGGCCCUGUCAGCCGUUGUGUCUCUGCUGCAGUUUCCCCUCUUCACCCUCAUCAAGGGCCCCCUCCAGGACGACCCCCUAUACGUGAACUUGAUGUUGGUGCUGCUGACUCUCCUGACGUUCAUCCACCCCUUCCUGGUGGACCGGGAGUGCCAGCGGAAGGAAAGCCCUGGUGAGGUCACCUAGAUCAGAAGCCCCACCUUUGCUGCCCCGAGGAUGCGUCAUCUUCCCCCUCGGAGGACCCCACAUCCAGGAAGACUUGGCCCACCCAGGCUGCUUGUGUUAAGUAGCCAUUAUUCCUUCCAUAAGACAAAAAGCCAUACUCACCUCCCUGCCAAGACUGCUUAUCCACAAGACAGGAGCAAAAGCACAGAAAGGCUUUCAGUGUCAGAGGCAGGAACAGCUGGCCCUGGCGGACACUUGGGCUGAGGCGGGUGAUGGGAUGGUGAGCUGUGUCUCCUGCCUCUCCGGGUCUCUCUGUCCCUGAAGCCCGAGCCUGCCUGGACCCUGUGCACCGGAUAUGCUUCCCGGUGAAGGCUGAGGCUGUCCCGCUACUCAGCGUUCAGCAGUGGCACUCAGCUUGCCUGCAGCGGCCCAGAGGAUGAGCCCAGGGGGAAAGAGAGGCAGGUGGGUUGGGGCGGGGGUCCCAGGUCUGCUGCUGAUGCCGAGUGGCCUUGAGCAGACCCUUCUCCCCUCAGAGCGCUGGUUUCCCAUCUGUGAAAGGAGAGGGGGUUUGGAGUCGGCCUUCCCUCCAGCAUUCAUGUUCCACUGGAAAAAUUCAAAAGUUCAUCUGAGUUUUUUGUAAGAUGGUACGGAGGGCAGAGAUAACCUGAACAAACUUUUGGGCUAGUAGAAGGUUUUCAGAACAGUGUCAGCCCGGCCACCCUCAGAGCCGUGAGAACCACCUGGCCUGCUGGACCCAAGGGUCUCGGACGAAGCCUUUCGGGGAGGUUUUCUUUUUUUUUUUUUUUAAUUUUAAAAUCUUUAAUUCUUACAUGUGUUCCCAAACAUGAACCCCCCUCCCACCUCCCUCCCCAUAACAUCUCUGUGGGUCAUCCCCAUGCACCAGCCCCAAGCAUGCUGUAUCCUGCGUCAGACAUAGACUAGCGAUUCAAUUCUUACAUGAUAGUAUACAUGAUAGAAUGCCAUUCUCCCAUAUCAUCCCACCCUCUCCCUCUCCCUCUGAGUCCAAAAGUCCGUUAUAGACAGCUGCGUCUUUUUUCCUGUCUUGCAUACAGGGUCGUCAUUGCCAUCUUUGGUUUUCUUCUUCAAGAAGGGAGAUGAUUAUUUACUUUGGGUAGAAUAUAAAAACGUCCUCUGGGGAAUGGUUUUUAUAACACUGAGUUAUGUCCUAAAUCAUUUCGUUAGAAAUAA